AGGAGCUCACUCGCAAUAUUUUUUCUUCUUUUUGCCCUUCUCAGGGCCAUGCAACAGAAAUUUGAAAAACUUGGAACCGCAACUAAACGAUAGAAGCAAACUAAAAUGAAAGCUGCUUCAAAGCUUGCAGUCUUCCUCGACAAAACCAUCAUAUAAAUUUGGUCAUGGCUUUAUAUUUCAUGGCCACUUCUCUUCACCCAAAACCCUGCUCUAAUAUUCCUCCUCCAUUCCUUAACCCAAAACACAACCACCCCUUCAAGCGCUUCUCUUCUUCUUCUUCUUCUUGUAAAACAUUUGCUCAGUCAGAAGGAAAAGAAGGGGGAGUCAAAGAGGAAGACCCUCCUGCUUCUUUAUCUGGGUCUUUCACUUCUGCACGCACGCAACUGGAUCUUUUGGAGCAACUCAGUCCUACUAGCUCUGCUGUUGAUGGACCAGGAUAUGAGAGUGAUGAUAGCUCUGGAAAACUCACAAUUCGUGAGCAGCUUGUGUGGUUGGUUGGGGAUAGAGACGAUGAUUUCAGUAUUCCAUUGGGAAAAAAUCUGAAGAAGGUUAGUCCGAAAGUUUUGACCAUCUCGCAGAAGAGAAAUAUCAGGAGACAAGCAUACUUGAAUGAAGUUUCUAAGAGGAAUGAUUCAGUUUUCUUUGCAACCAUUGGAGCAUUUGUACUUGUUCCCCCUUUUAUAAUAUUAGGGAUUGCUAUAUUAACAGGUUAUGUGCAGCUUUUUCCAUGAUAUAUUCUCAAAGUUAAUAGAAAUAUACAGGUUAAACCAAUCUCAAGUUAUGUGCAGCUAGUUAGUGCCUUUAUUUUUGUCCAGUUAUCUUUAAAUUAUUCUGCAGAACUAAACUUGCUAUGUGAGUUCAUUAAUUUGAUGACAGGGAAUUGAAUUGC